AUGUAUAAAGAUUUGAAGAGGAACUUUUGGUGGAAUAAUAUGAAGAGGGAAAUUGCUCAGUAUGUUGCUCAAUGUAUGGUAUGUCAACAAGUGAAAGUUAAACAUCAGAGACCUGCAGAGAAGUUUGCAAAAUUGUAUAUCAAGGAGAUUGUGAAGUUGCAUGGUAUUCUGGUGACCAUAGUGUCUGAUAGAGAUAACAGAUUUGUAUCUAUGUUUUGGAGGAGUUUGCAUACAACUUUGGGCACUAGUUUGAAUUUUAGCACUGCCUUUCAUCCUCAAAUUGAUGGACAGUCAGAGAGAACUAUUCAAACCUUGGAAGACAUGUUGAGGGCUUGUGUUAUUGAUCUUGGAGAUAACAGGAGACGCAAUUUGGUGUUUGGGGUUGGAGACCAUGUGUUCCUUAAGGUGUCUCCUAUGAAAGGAGUAAUAAGGUUUGGUGUUCGUGGUAAAUUGAGUCCUAGAUUUGUUGGGACAUUUGAGGUUUUAGAUCGAAUUAGUGAGUUUAAGGAGGAUUUGACCUAUGAGGAACACCCUGUAAGAAUUGUUGAUAAGGAGCAGGUUUUGAGACGUCGAGUCAUCCACUACGUUAAGGUUCAAUGGAGUAAUCACUCGGAGAGAGAAACUACUUGGGAACUUGAGGAUGAAAUGAGAUAA